CUAUUUUAAAUAACGUUGAGCAGAAUGUCUUGAAUAUUUUUAAUUUAAAUGACGGUCAUUGCAAUGCGCGAAAGUAAUUUCCGGUUAUUGCACCGCAGUAACCGGAAAUUGUUAUCACUUUAAAAUGGCGCCUGUUUAAGCGAGAUCGCCUGUUAAUCCGAGAUUGAUGUCCGAUUUCUUAGCAUGUUUUGAAUGGUAAGACUUAAUCGAUGGUGAUCAGUUAAUUUUUUGUUAUCCGCAACACUUUGGACUCUAUAUGAAGGAGAUUCAAACGAGAUGUCUCCGUGUCUUGAAUUUUCCGAAAGUAUAGCUUCGCGCGUUGCAAAAGCGAAACUUUCGGACACGCCCAAAAAUCGUAAUUCCCAAUCGUAUUUGAAAAUUUGAUGUACAUCGCUGUACAUCGAUAAUCACGGCGCGAAAAGAUUCAAAUUUCUAUCUCGCUGUGCGCUCCAACACCACAGGAAUAAAUUAAUACCAUCUGUAAUAUAUUUAAAAUAAAUAUUGAAAAAUAAUUAGGCAAGUUUCUCAGUUAAUACGUCUGCCAUUUACAAGGUACGUUCUUAUAAAAGCAUAAAAAACACUUUUUUUUUUGUGUUUAAAAUAUCCUUUUUAAAACAUUCGGUACGUGAAAGAAAUUAGAUUAGAGAUAUUAAUUUCACUGCUGAUUUUCCUAAAUAGCACAUCGAAUGAAAUGAAUGACAUCUAACAAGAGACUUUGGGUUUUGAGUUUAACACAACUACAAUUAUGAAUUUCAAAAUCACAGCAAAAAUAAAGCACGAUUAACUUUGGAGCAUUGUUAACGCGCUACUGAUCGAGAGAGUAUUGAAUGAUGAAGAAUACAAUUGAGUAUUGAGAGAAUUUGAUAAUAUGAGAUCCUACAUGUGACCGCUAUCCGGAGAUAAAUUUUAUGAGGUGCUUCUUUUUAGGAGAAUAUUUAACAUUCGCUUAUCACAAGAAACGACCGUCACCGAUAUAACUGUUCUUUAAUUACUUAGGAAUAAGUAUAACUGCAUUUUGAGAAAAGAAAAUAUAGUUUGAACAAAUAUCAACCGAUAGCAGCAUGUCUACUGUAAUUCAAGAAGCGAAACUCCAGGAAUCUUCUGAUCAAAAUAUCCAAAUGCAGCAACUAUUGCCAAUGAGAUUCGCGAGAGAAAAAUGCAACAAGUUGGAUAAUCUAGAUUCUAUUGUUCCUUAUGCUACUUUAAGAAUGCGUAAUAUCGCUCGUUUAUCUGACGAAGAGUGUGCUAAUGCUAUUGCCAAACACCUGCAAUCAAACAAUAAGUUUAUGCAGGAUAAUUCCGAGUUAAAACAGUUUAGAAUGGAAACAGUGAGAAUGAUACCCCAAUGUCUCACUGUGAAAAGAUCUGUUAGGUCACAACUAUUGGCCACUGUUAAUCAAAGGACAAAAAGACCAAUUAGUUGUUGGAAAUUGUUUAAAUAUAACAUUAGUUUAAGAUUUACAAAGUUUCGAAUGACAAUACGAAAUCUUUUAACAUCAAUGAAAUUAUGGCAUCAAACAAUAAAAAUCAUUGAGAGCCACUAUGGAAGCGGCAUAGUAAUAUAUUUCCAAUUUUUAAGAUGGUUGCUCUUUCUCAAUAUAAUAUCCUGCAUUUUGAGUAUGUCCUUUAUUGUGAUUCCGCAGUCAUUGGAUCGAACGCAUGCGCCAAACGAUAUUAAAAUAUUGGACUUUUUAACAGGCAAUGGCUUUUUAUCCCAUACAAUAAUGUAUUAUGGUUUUUAUUCCAAUGGCACAGUAGACACACUAUUUGGAAGCAAAUAUAGCAUUCCGUUUGCUUAUUUCUUAACGCUACUCUUUUGUUAUAUAAUUAUAUUUGUUAUACUAUCUAUCAAAAUUUUAUCAUCUUAUAGAAAAUCUUACGUCAAAACAUAUGGAAAAGUGUUAUAUAGUAAUAAAAUAUUUUGUGGAUGGGAUUUCAACAUAUCUUCACCAAAAACUGCUGCUUUGCAAUCAGCCUCGAUUUAUAAAGAGCUGGAAGAGUUAUUGACACAAACGAGAGAGUAUACCCGUUUGCACUGUUGUGCCAAAUGUUUGUUGAUUAUAAUGCGAUUUGUUGCGACAGCUAUUUUUAUAUUUAUGAUUUGCGGUGCUAGUGCAUUCGUUUGGAUACUAUUAAAUCAUUACAAUAUAAAAGUUCAUUCAACUAUCUCAGCUAUGAUCGUACCGAUAGUCAUCACUACCAUUAUUCAUAUUUUUCCAACAAUUGUCUUCUAUGUAGCACUACUGGAACGCUAUGACAACAAACGCACGGAACUUUAUGUGAUGGUCAUCAAAAAUUACACGAUUGCCGCAAUAAUAAUUGGUACCUUGUUUAUCUUCUGGAUAAUUCAUAGUACGUCACAUUGCUGGCAAACGUAUCUAGGCGAAGAGAUCUAUCGACUCAUUGUAUUGGAUUUCAUCGCUUCCAUAUUCGGGAUGAGUUUGCAAUCUAUACGCUCUACGCUGUAUAAAAGACUCUCGACGAGAGUCGGCAGACCAGAAUUUGAUAUCGCCCGAAGUAUAUUAAAUCUUAUAUACAAUCAAACGCUCUUUUGGAUAGGCCUUUACUUCAGUCCAUUAAUAUCUGUUAUAAUCGCAAUAAAAUUAAUCUGUACGUUUUAUAUGAAGAGAUACGAAUUGAAAAGAUAUUACCGACAGCCGUCGCAGCCUUGGCGAACGGCACAGACGCAAACGCUGUUUUUGGCUCUUACAUUCGUUAGCAUUAUCGUCAUUUUAUUUACGAUAGGAUACAUCAUUACAAAUGUAAAAAGUGACAAAUGUGGGCCAUUUAGAAAUUAUACUCAUACCUGGGACUUUAUUACUGACGGGAUACUAUCUUUGAGGAGAGGCAGCAAGUUUUGGAAAGUCGUUUCGGAACUUGCGAGACCGGUAACUGGCGCUGUGAUAUUGAUCGGCAUGAGUAUUGCAGUGUAUUGUCUGCAAGCAAAAGCGGAAGCGAGUAAGGAAAUGUUACAAAUUUUGUCUGACAUGGUUCUCCUGCAAUCCCAAGACAAGCAAUUUCUCAUAAGAAAUUUUAAUAAAUGCGUUAAUAAAUCAGGUACUCUUGUUUCUGAUGAGAUUAGUCUGACUCAGGAUAUUGAGCUUACUGAGCAGAAUCAUGGAAAUGAAAAAAUUCCAGUUUUUUGCCAACAUACCUUACCAUCGACCAGUUUCGAAGAAAAAUGAAAAAUUACAAAUCGCAAUAUACGUUCAUUGACAACUCGAUGAUUAAAUAUCAAAGCGUAUUGAUUAAAAAUCGAUACAUUUUUAUAAUCAAGUCAUUACUUAGAUUUAAUUUUAAAAUAUUAUUGCUUCCACGAUUUCAUAAUCUAGACACUCAAAACUGUCAUAUAUGAUAAAAUAAGAAUAUAUCUUUAAUAUUUUACACAAUGUAUAUGAAUGUAACA